ACAGUUAUCUCGCAGCUGUAAACUGCUGAUCUGCCAUGAAGAUACGAACAAUAACUGAUAACAAAUAUAUACGAUCUUGGAUAAUUAUUUGUAUUUCAUCUCGAAUUGCGUAAACUCACGUGACAACAUAAUCUCGGUUUUGGAUUAUGACUCCAAAAUAUAUUCCUAAAAAAAAGUAUAUAUAACUGCGCCCAAACGUUCUUCAGAAAAAAAUACUUUUAGUACGUCUACUAAUAAGAUAAACAAUUAUGUUCGAGGACAAACCUUACGGGCCUGUUGAAGAUGACGUGCUUGAAGCUGUUCGGAAAUAUAAACCUAGGCCAGACGAUAUUUUCAUUGUCACCUUUGCCCGCUGUGGGACUACGUGGAUGCAACAUAUAGUACACCUUAUCCUGCACAAAGGGGAGCCUUUUGAAAGCUUCUUAGAAUUCAAUCGUGCAUCACCUUUCCUUGAAAUGACGGGUCUGGAAGCCGUGGAGAAUAUGCCCCGACCCGGGGCCAUAAAAACUCAUCUCCCGUUCACCGUUCUUCCUUUUAACCAAGAAGCGAAAUAUAUCUAUAUAGCACGUAACCCUAAAGAUUGCUGCGUUUCUAACUUCUACCACAUGACAACUAUGAGAUUUUCACCGAUGAAAGAUAUCAAAUUCGAAGAUUUUUCUGAAUCUUUCCUGCAAAGAGAGAUUUAUUCUAAGCACCUUCUCUCGUGGUAUAAGCAUCGUGAUGACCCCAAUAUCCUUUUCCUGACCUUCGAAGAGAUGAAGCCGGAUACACGUGGUAUUAUUUUAAAAGUUGCCAAGUUUCUUGGAUCACAGUACUACGACAUGUUAAGAUUAGAUGAAGAAAUCAUGAACAAAAUAAUAUUUCACAGCAGUUUCGAUGAGAUGAAGAAGUUGAACAAACAGAUGGAUGUGUUUGCGGAAAAAGAUCCAGAAGAAAUCAAGAAAGACCCAUCAAUGCCAGACUACCUCAAGAAAAUGUUCCUCAAUAGGCCUAAGCCAAUGCAAGGAGAAACGAAAACACCAAUUUCUUUUGUAAGGAAAGGGAUUAUUGGAAAUUGGAAAGACCAUUUCACUCACGAUCAAGCUCGCCAUUUUGACGAAAAGUUUGCCGAAAGCGUGAAAGACACGGAUAUUAUGAAAAUUUGGAAAGACCUUUAGUCUUUUCCCAAGAAAGUAACAAGUUGUAAUUAUUGUUUUAGUUUUUUUUAUUAACGAACUGCAAAUCAUAUAAUAUAGAAAAACAAUGACUUAUUUUAUAUAAGAACGACUAAAAUCUAAUAUUUGUUUUUUGUUUGAAGACCGUCGACCAGUUAUCACUUACGAGAAAUUAGAACUAAUAAGAUAAACUGGGCCUAAUGAAAAAUUAGGAUUAUAAUUUCAUGCGUUUAUUGUUUCUUGAAAAUUAUAUUUCAUGUGAUCUUAGUUGUACAGUGAUCGUGUUUAGAUUUUAUGUAUUUAUCAGUAGACAUUUUAAGAAAAAGCAACAACAACGUCAUAACUUUGGUUCUUCA